GGCGGGAGCGCGGCGGCGGCGGCGACGCUGCUGCGGGGCCCGGUGCGGAGCAUGUGCGCCCAGGCGGAGGACUGGCGCUCGGCCAGGGCCAUCUACGACUUCCACGCCCUCGACAUCGAUGGCAACGACGUGUCCCUGGAGAAGUACCGGGGCUGCGUCUGCAUCAUCACCAACGUCGCCUCCAAAUGAGGGAAGACCGCGGUAAACUACACUCAGCUUGUUGACCUGCACGCCCGAUACGCUGAGAGGGGUUUACGCAUCCUGGGCUUUCCCUGCAACCAGUUCGGGAAGCAGGAGCCCGGGGACAACGCUCAGAUCAAGGCAUUUGCUGAGAACUACGGGGUGAAGUUCGACAUGUACAGCAAGAUCGAUGUGAACGGGGACGAUGCCCACCCGCUCUGGAAGUGGAUGAAGGAGCAGCCCAAAGGGAGGGGCACCCUGGGCAAUGCAAUAAAAUGGAACUUUACCAAGUUCCUCAUUAACCGGGAGGGCCAAGUGGUGAAGAGGUACAGCCCAAUGGAGGAUCCCUACGUGAUCGAGAAGGACCUCCCUGCCUACCUGUAGCUCCGCUCCGCUGUGCCCCCGCCCGCCCCGGCCCCGCUGCCCCCGGAGCCUCCUCCAGCCCCAUGACGGGCUGCCCCCAAGCCAGGUCCUGGUGGGGCAGCCCCGACCCCGGCGUGCACCGCUGGACAGAGGCCCCGGGGCCGCGGCCGCCCCGGGCAGGAGCAGCCGGAGCCCCCUCGCAGUAACUGGAGUCCCCUCGCAAUAAAGACCUUAGGAAUGA